AUGAAGUUUCUCGGAGCAUUAACAGCGUCAAUUGUUUGGCUUUCUAGUAUGGCCACCGCUCUUCCGACAGCGGAAGGACAGAUCCUCAGUUCAAGAGACAGUUUGAAUAGCUCGCGGCUGGUAUACUACCCAGCUCCCAAAAACAACUGUCGCGGAAUCGGGUUCCUCGUUCUUCCUGGCGGAGGAUAUUCUUACGUCUCACUUCCCAGAGAAGGGAGCAACUCAACCAAAUAUCUGAAUGAGCGUGGAUACGAUGCCUGGGUCCUAGACUAUGCGGCUGCUGAUAAAGCUCCCACUCCAUUAUAUCCGGCUCCUCAGAAUGAAGCACUAGAAGCUGUCCGCUACAUUCGAUCCCUGAACAAGGUCAAGAAACUUGGCGUCUGGGGCUACUCAGCUGGAGGCCAUCUGGCUGCCACCACAGUCACCAAUCCCGAAGCCGAGCUUGAUUUCGGUAUUCUAGCGUACCCAGUGAUUACUAUGGAGGAGCCUUUGACGCACAAAGGAUCUCGGAAUAACCUAAUUGGCGAGAAUCCUUCCCCUGAACUAGUAGAGAAGCUAUCUGCACAGAACCUAGUCUCGGAGUCAACACCGCCCAUUUUCUUAUUUCAUACAGCCAACGACGCCACCGUCCCAGUUGAAAACUCGAUCCUCUUUAUUCAAAGUAUGAUCAAGUAUGAUCGGCCAUUUCAGAGCCUUAUUCUUCCAAAGGGUAGCCAUGGUAUCGGACUGGCGUUUGAUGACCCAGUAUUAAACUGGACAUCUGAGUUGGAUCGGUGGUUGCAGUAUUCUGUCUAA